AUGGCUGCCCCGCACCGCCAGCCUGAGGAGGCUAUCGAUGAGUCUGACUUCAUCGAGGAUCACGAUGAACACCACCAGGACUCUGUUCACCGCCGUUUGCGUGCCAACUCUACCAUUAUGAACUUCCAGAAGAUCCUGGUUGCCAAUCGUGGUGAAAUCCCAAUUCGUAUCUUCCGUACAGCUCACGAGCUGUCCCUCCAGACGGUCGCCGUCUACUCACAUGAAGAUCGUCUGUCCAUGCACCGACAGAAGGCUGAUGAGGCCUACAUGAUCGGCCACCGUGGUCAAUUCACCCCGGUCGGUGCGUACUUGGCCGGUGACGAAAUCAUCAAGAUCGCCCAGGAGCACGGGGUACACCUGAUCCACCCCGGCUAUGGCUUCCUGUCAGAGAACGCCGGAUUUGCCCGAAAUGUCGAAAAGGCUGGUAUCAUUUUCGUGGGUCCUUCCCCGGACACCAUCGACGCACUAGGUGACAAGGUUUCUGCCCGUCGGCUGGCUAUCAAAUGUGGGGUCCCGGUUGUCCCCGGUACUGAGGGUCCCGUCGAGCGCUUUGAGGACGUCAAGGCUUUUACUGAUGAGUAUGGCUUCCCCAUCAUCAUCAAAGCCGCCUUUGGUGGUGGUGGCCGCGGUAUGCGUGUCGUCCGCGCUCAGUCCGAGCUGCGUGACUCCUUUGAGCGCGCUACCUCUGAGGCUCGCUCGGCCUUCGGUAAUGGUACUGUCUUUGUCGAGCGCUUCUUGGACAAACCCAAGCACAUUGAGGUUCAGUUGCUGGGUGACAGCCACGGUAACGUGGUCCACCUGUUCGAGCGUGACUGCUCCGUUCAGCGUCGUCACCAAAAGGUCGUGGAGAUUGCCCCGGCCAAGGACCUUCCCUUGGAUGUGCGCGACAAGAUCCUUUCCGAUGCUGUAAAGCUCGCCAAGUCCGUCAAGUAUCGCAAUGCCGGUACCGCUGAGUUCCUGGUCGAUCAGCAGAACCGCUACUACUUCAUUGAGAUCAACCCCCGUAUCCAGGUGGAGCACACCAUCACCGAGGAGAUCACCGGUAUCGAUAUCGUUGCGGCACAGAUCCAGAUUGCCGCUGGUGCCACCCUGGAACAGCUGGGUCUGACCCAGGACCGCAUCUCCGUUCGUGGAUUUGCUAUCCAGUGCCGUAUCACUACCGAAGAUCCCGCCAAGGGCUUCUCCCCUGACACCGGUAAGAUCGAGGUCUACCGGUCGGCCGGUGGUAACGGUGUCCGUCUAGACGGUGGUAACGGUUUUGCCGGCGCCAUCAUCACUCCUCACUACGACUCCAUGCUAGUCAAGUGCACUUGCCGUGGUUCGACCUACGAGAUCGUGCGCCGCAAGGUUCUGCGCGCCCUAGUCGAGUUCCGUAUCCGUGGUAUUAAGACUAACAUCCCCUUCUUGACAUCGCUGCUGAGCCACUCCACCUUCAUUGAAGGUACCUGCUGGACCACUUUCAUUGAUGAUACCCCCGAGCUCUUUGCCUUGGUCAACUCUCAGAACCGUGCCCAGAAGCUGCUGGCCUACCUUGGUGACGUUGCCGUCAACGGCAGCAGCAUCAAGGGCCAGAUCGGUGAGCCCAAGUUCAAGGGCGAGAUUAUCAAGCCCGUUCUCAACGACGCCGCUGGUAACCCCAUCGAUGUCACCAGGCCCUGCACCAAGGGUUGGAAGCAGAUCAUUGACAGUGAAGGCCCAGAGGCUUUUGCCCGCGCCGUGCGCGCCAACAAGGGCACCUUGCUCAUGGACACCACUUGGCGUGAUGCCCACCAGUCCCUGCUUGCCACUCGUGUGCGCACCAUCGACAUGCUGAACAUUGCACACGAGACCAGCUACGCGCUCCAGAACGCUUACGCCCUGGAGUGCUGGGGAGGUGCCACUUUCGAUGUCGCCAUGCGAUUCCUUUACGAGGACCCCUGGGACCGUCUGCGCAAGCUCCGCAAGGCCGUCCCCAAUAUUCCCUUCCAGAUGUUGUUGCGUGGUGCCAACGGAGUGGCUUACUCCUCCCUCCCAGACAACGCCAUCUAUCACUUCUGCAAACAGGCGAAGCUGUACGGUGUUGACAUCUUCCGUGUUUUCGACGCUCUCAACGAUGUGGACCAACUCGAGGUCGGCAUCAAGGCCGUUCAGCAGGCAGGCGGUGUAGUCGAGGCCACCAUCUGCUACAGUGGUGAUAUGCUGAACCCCGCCAAGAAGUACAACCUUGAGUACUACCUGGCCUUGGUGGAGAAGGUUGUUUCUCUGGGCACCCACGUUCUUGGUAUCAAGGAUAUGGCCGGUGUCUUGAAGCCCCAGGCUGCUCGUCUCCUCAUCGGCUCCAUCCGGGAGAAGUACCCCGACCUUCCCAUCCACGUGCACACCCACGACUCGGCUGGUACCGGUGUUGCCUCCAUGAUUGCCUGCGCUCAGGCAGGUGCCGACGCGGUUGAUGCCGCUACCGACAGUCUGUCCGGUAUGACCUCGCAGCCCAGCAUCGGUGCCAUUACUGCUUCGCUUGCAGGUACCGAACAAGAUCCCCUGCUUGACUCGUCCCACAUUCGGGCUAUUGACACCUACUGGGCUCAGCUCCGUCUGCUCUACUCGCCCUUUGAGGCUGGUCUGACCGGACCCGAUCCCGAGGUCUACGAGCACGAGAUCCCCGGUGGCCAGCUGACCAACCUGAUCUUCCAGGCCCACCAGCUGGGUCUGGGCCAGCAGUGGGCCGAGACCAAGAAGGCCUACGAGGCGGCCAACGAUCUCCUGGGCGAUAUCGUCAAGGUCACUCCUACCUCGAAGGUUGUUGGUGAUCUGGCCCAGUUCAUGGUGUCGAACAAGCUCAGCUCGGAGGACGUGGUCGCCCGCGCUGGCGAGCUUGACUUCCCUGGCUCCGUCCUGGAGUUCCUAGAGGGUAUGAUGGGCCAGCCCUUCGGAGGCUUCCCCGAGCCGCUACGCUCGCGGGCCCUCCGUGACCGCCGCAAGCUUGACAAGCGACCCGGUCUGUAUCUAGACCCUCUCGACCUGAUCCAGAUCAAGAACAACAUCCGCGAGAAGUUCGGCAGCGCCACCGAGUGCGACGUUGCCAGCUACGCCAUGUACCCCAAGGUGUUCGAGGACUACCGCACCUUCGUGUCGAAGUUUGGUGAUCUCUCCGUGUUGCCCACCCGCUACUUCCUGGCCCGUCCUGAGAUUGGCGAAGAGUUCCACGUCGAGCUGGAGAAGGGCAAGGUUCUCAUCCUUAAGUUGCUUGCUAUAGGUCCUCUUUCCGAGCAGACUGGUCAGCGUGAGGUCUUCUACGAGGUGAACGGUGAAGUCCGCCAAGUCAGCAUCGAUGACCAGAAGGCCUCUAUUGAAAACUCCUCCCGCCUCAAGGCCGAUGCUAGUGACAGCAGCCAAGUCGGUGCCCCGAUGAGCGGUGUUGUUGUCGAGAUCCGCGUUCACGACGGUCACGACGUGAAGAAGGGUGAUCCCAUCGCUGUGCUGAGUGCCAUGAAGAUGGAAAUGGUCAUUUCCGCCCCUCACAGCGGAAAAGUGUCCGGCCUGCUCGUUAAAGAGGGCGACUCUGUCGAUGGCCAAGACCUCAUCUGCAAGAUUGCCAAAGCUUAA